AUGCCAACAUCACGGGAUUCAUCAAUGGAAACAACGGAUCGGUACCCGUUUGGGUAUACGACCGAAUUGGCACGUACCGAACCAUCAGCUUCCACUGCCAAACGUCUGCGGCAGAGGUUACAAAGACAACAAAGCGGACAAUCAGGAUUAUCCGGUCGACGGUAUACUGGAGAAAGCAGCGAGUGCUCAUCACUCGUUGGAACACCCACGGACACUGGCAGAUCUUUUACGUUUGGCGCCGCACAGAGAGUAAUGCGGGAACGAGAUGAUCGAAAACCGUCUGUCACCCAAAACUUGUCAGAAAUAAUGCUCGAGGCAAUACACUAUGAAGAUGUGAACUUGGUAGAAAGGUUGCUUACAGCACAUAGUUCAAAACAACCAAUGUCAACAUCGCCGUCAAUUGGUAGCACAAACACACUGACAGAUCUCGCUCAACGAAGACAUGGUGCGGGGGCACAUCGCCGUUCCAAUGCUAGCAGUACGGUGUCGACUCAUUCAGGAGGAAGAUCCACUUGUGCCAUGAUGAACACCUUACAUAUGGCUGUUGCUCAUAAACAACGAGACAUUGUCGAACUUCUUCUGAAAAACGGGUAUGACCCAAACACUCCAGCAUCAUGUCACUGCAAAGGAAAUUGUACAGCUACUGGAAAUAUCCCACUUACAUCCAUAAUACCUAGAACUCACUCAAUGACGCCAGAAUUGUGUUCGACAUGCUCUCAACUCAGAGUCGUUUCAAUUGUGGAUCAGACGCCGCUUGGUGUUGCAGUCAGAUCGCAGUCAAGCGAGUUGAUAGCCUUGCUCAUCGCCUACGGAGGAGAUGUCAAUUUGGGUGAUGAGGAUGGCAACACGCCGUUGAUGCUAGCCGUACGAGAAUCGCCGCUGUCUUGGCCCUGCCUACACACGCUCAUUUUUUUCGGAGCCCAAAUUGAACAAAAGAACAUGAGAGGAAUAUGCCCACUUGACCUUGCUCCUGAACUCAAGAAACUUCAGCAGACAUGCGUUGAAGAGCUAUUCAAAAAUGCUUGUUCUGGGGAUAGUGAACCACCGUCUAGAUCUACACCAGGGCCGUCUGCUAAGAAUUGGAACCGACUUCAAGUUGACAAUGUUUCUCAAGGAGAGCGAUCACUGUCAAAAGCUCCCCUCAGUCCAAAACCGUCUGCUGCAGCAAGUGUCUCAACGUGCAGCAUGCUGGAAACGUCGUCAGCUAAGGAAUCAGCACGGAGGAAAUCACUCGUUUCACUACAACUUCAUCGGAAGACAAGGAAUGUGAAAGAAUAUCCGGUCAUCGACUGUGUCAGUUGGGAGCAGGCAUGGGAAUUGUUGAAGAAAAUGGCUUGUAAUCCGGAAUGUCUCGACAAUAUUGUGAACUCUUUGUCCAAAUUCGCCACCCAAAUGGAGAAUACACCUUCAAGUGUCGACAGAGAUCAAUUCGAUGCUCAUAUGGGUGGACUGCUACACAAAAUGAUUCACACGGCCAUCGAGGAGUACGAGUCGUCAACACCGACCUAUAAGAAACAGAAGAAACUACAUCUUACAUGGUUAUUAAGCCAAAUUGCCACGUUUUGCUUCACAUUUCUUCAGAAAAGUGGCACAAGCCGCCAAUUUUCGGCUCUUAACACUUUGAACAAAAUAAUUGAUGCUGGACUGGUACACGAUUUAUUUGCAUUCAACGAUGUUAUCUUUCAUUCUUCGAGGAUAUUGAACAGAUCUCAUGCAUUUGAUUCUGAUGAGCCUCCAACACCAUCUGGCGAAUCGUUCAACUCCAAUGCUGAUCAAAAUUCAACAGUUGACCAUGUGUUUAUUUAUGGAGCUGGCUAUAAGGACCAAUCCCUACUACCUUCUCCAACCGUUGCACCGACUCGACACAAAUCGGACUUGAUGAAUUCUUUCAGUGAAAUGGAUCCAAGUCAGGUUAUUGUGGCUUUGCACAACGCGAUAACAAUGCAAAAUCGAGAAGCCGGAUCUAGAUCCGUAUGUAGUCCGGCUCACCGAUGGAGACAAUGUUGUGCACAUUGUACACAGAUCUUGGUGGCCAGAUUGUUACUGUUCUUGACUCAUGCAAAAAAAUUCCGGAGCCGACUCUCAGACCGUCAUCAAUUACGAAGUCUAGUAGCUUUAUUGGAGCCAACUCUAGAACCACAGUUGUUAUGUCUCCUACUACAAGUUCUUGCUCUGAUAGCUUUGGACCCAUCAACUCACGCAGUUCUGAUUGACAUUCAGAUUGACGAUGUUCUUAUACAAAUGCUGUUGCCAGCUGAUGAUUGGUAUUACACUAACCACAGUACCAAAUACGGAACCUUUGUGAAAUAUCAUGCAGCAAGAGUUUUGGUUUAUAUUGGAAUGGGCGAUCGUGUCGGGAGUCGAGUGAAUCUGUUUAGUAUGAUGACGUUUGAGCCAUCUGCAAAAAGUGGAAGUCAACAGAACGAGGACGACUAUAUUUGUGAGACAUGUGCCACACCGCGAAGCAGAAGCACAUUUUCGAGAUCAGCUGUUUCCGUGGAAGGUGUUCUGUUGAAAGUGCUUGCAGAAGUGGCUGAGCUCGUGAGACAGAGUCAACAUUUAUCAGCAAGUGAGCCAAUUACUGAAGAGUCGCCAAGUGCGGGAUCUCCGCCAGCAGUUCUUCCAAAUCAAGCAGAACAGAAAAGUAUCAUUGAGAAGAAUACAGAAAAACUAACUCAACUUGGAUGUCAAAUUUUGAUUUCCCUGGAGCAAUUAGAAGCACAUCUCUGUAAAUUGGGAUUGGUUCUUGACUCUGUCCUGCUGCUCCGACUACUUCUCCACAAAUUAUCCUGGGAUCUCGGUCUAGUUACAAAGAAGCGAGUAGCUGUUGUAGAUCACGUUUACAAACCAAUCACAGAUCCAAGAGCUCAUUCUAGUUGCAGUCUUGGGAAUAACAGAAACUUUGGUAAAUCUAAAUCUUUUGAUAGGCGAGAAGAUAGCAAACGGGACAAAAAUUAUUUGCGUGUCGAUCAAGGAUCUCGAGCUUCGAAACGAGUGCAUAUCAGACGGUCGAGUUCUGUAGAGAUAAUCCGACCAAAGAGGUUGAGCUCAGGCGCAAAAGAUAUCAAGAAUAGAGAACGAAGGAAAAGACUAGGAACAGAUACAAGUAGCGGGUCAAAUCGUUCGAAGAAAACGAAUUCCUCAUCAUCAUCAGUCCAAAAACAUCUUCCGAAGUAUAUUCAAUCGUUGUUCCGAAGUCGUAUGGGAACUGAUCCAUGCAAGAGGACAUCGAGAAGAGACUCAAACGAGAGCAAUACAAGUGGAUCGGAUGCUGUUUUGGAGUUCACGAGAAAGCUCCAAAACUACCCAUUGACACGGAGGGAAGCUCAAAGACUAACUUAUCGAAGUAAUGGACAACAGGACUCAAAUGACUCAAAAAUUGGACCAAGAACUAUGGGAUAUGUAUAUCUGCCAGAGCUAGAAAUUCAAGGAGCCAGUCCUCCAAGAUCUCCGGGUCCUCUUACGGGUAAUUCACUUGAAGAAGGAACAACAAUGUUGCUGGACACAAGACGUCCCAGCAGUCCUCAAGCAAUUCCUGGUCUUCCUCAAAUUGAAAUUCGUCGGCCAUCUGCCCUAUCGCAAUUCGAAUUCGGUUAUUUUGUCAACUCUCCAGAAUUAUCCGGAAGUGAAGUUUCCGACUGCGCUCCUCUUCUUCUUAGCGGGCAAAUAGGCGGCAGCCGGAAAAGUUCCGAUGAAACUUCACUUGGAGGAUGGUCUAGUCGUGCUUCUUCAGUUAUGAGUCAAAGAUCAUCGAGAUCAAGUGUAGGACUAAGACUGUCUACGUUUUCUGGAGGAACCAGUAUCGCCUCAGACAAUUCUGGACCAUUUUUGUUCAGUUUUGUUUUGAGAAAACGCGCAUCAACGAUUGGAACUCGAAUACCAAUCCCAAGAAGAGCACUAUCUAGAUCUUCUGGUGAUAGUUUGAGGGUGCCUGAUAGAGAAAGUCCACUACAUUUGGCAAGUAUGACUGAAAUGAAUCCAGAUUUUCAAUGUGUCCGACAACUAAUUCUCAACCUUCUCAAUGUAUACACUAAAAGAAACGACAACGUUGUCUCCACCAUGAAAGAGUGUGCUGAUGUCCUCCGACAAAUUUUGAAUUCUCCUCAACACCCAACUGUCAAGAAUUGGUGUGCUGAAAUCAUUCAUGUCGUUAGUACUCAUGUUGAAGAAGAGGAACCAACUACGGCGGAGAACAAUGAACAAAUUAAUGACGAGUAUUUGGAAAAGUCAAAACCACGAAUUUCCAACCGAGGAAUUUCCGAGUUGGUCCGCAGAGCUACUAUCGGAGCACUGUUUCCAAAUGGGUCUGUACCGAGAAGAACUCUACAUGACUUGCCUUCAAUUCGUGAGCUUAUGGAUGAAACGGAUCUUUUUGAAACUGAAACUGAAACUGAAAACGAAACUGAAUUAGACUCUGAUUCUGAGAUUAUUCUGCCUACUGUAAACGUCACUGUCCCUACCGACGGAACUGUUCGGAAUCUCGAAGAGUUUAUUUCCAACUACGAAGAACAUUCGCCUGAACUGAUGGCACCGGUGAAAGAUUAUCGAGCUCCACGCCGUUCUCUUCAUAUUGGUACAUUACUUCCUGAAGCUAAACAGCUCACAGCAAAGCUCAAAAGAUCAAAAUCCCUUCCAAAAAUCCAGAAUAUGGACCAGAUAAAAGCGGCAAUCAGGAGAAAGAGUUCACUUCGUAAGUGGUUUGCUACACGAACCGUUGCUGGGAGACGGAAUAGCAACACGAACAACUACGAAUGCAAGAGAACUUCAAUCACACACGAAGACUUUCUGGCUCAAAUGCGGAAUGUCACAAGAAACACUCUUAAACACCUGCUAUUCCCGGAUAGAAAAACGGAAGUCCGUAUUGUGAGAAUGACCAACGAAAAGUUUUACGAUGUGGAUACACUGGCUCAGCAAAUCAGAGAAAUGGCUAUUGCUCCAGCAAUCGACAGUUCUGAGCAAGGACCAUCGACAAAAUAA